AUGGACGAGAGCAGCGGCAUUGAAUUAAUAAAAACACAAAGGCGAUUCCCUUCUGUAAGAUCUUCUGUAAAAGAUGACUUAUUUGUUCCUGAAGAAGACAACAGCUUGUAUUUUACCUACUUAGGAGCUCCAAAUGUCCUGGAAGUUAAAGAUCUAUGUUACCAGGUGAAUUUAGAUGCUCAGAUCCCAUGGUAUGAGAAGUUGGCAGAAUUUAAAAUGCCUUGGGAAUGGAAUAAAGGUGCCAAGACCUCAGCAAUGACCAACCUGAACUUGAAAGUCACGAGCGGACAAAUGUUGGCAGUCAUUGGGAACUCCGGUUGUGGAACGACAACAUUACUAGAUAUUAUCACGUGUAAAGAUGAAGGAGGAAAGAUCAAAUCCGGUCAAAUCCUUAUUAAUGGGAAGCUGAGCACCAAGCAUCUGGUGAAGAAGAGUGUAGCUCAUGUGGGGCAAGAUGAUCAACUGCUACCCCAUCUGACGGUCCACGAAACACUGUCUUUUAUCGCUAAACUUCGACUUCCCAGAUGGUAUUCAGAGCAGCAGCGGCAAAAACGGGUAGAAGACGUCAUAGCAGAGCUUCGGUUAAGACAAUGUGCAAAUACCAAAGUAGGAAAUGCAUACACAAGGGGAGUAUCUGGUGGAGAAAGAAGAAGAGUGAGCAUUGCCGUACAGCUGCUCUGGAACCCUGGCAUUCUCAUACUUGAUGAGCCCACCUCUGGCCUGGAUAGCUUUACGGCACAUAACCUUGUGAUAACCUUGUCUCGACUGGCCCGCGGAAACCGGUUGGUUCUAUUAUCUAUCCACCAGCCCAGAUCUGACAUAUUCCAGAUCUUCGAUUUAGUUCUUCUUUUGUCGUCAGGAUCCACUAUCUACUCUGGAACAGCAAAAGACAUGGUUCAGUACUUCUCAUUAAUAGGGUACCCAUGUCCUCGAUACAGUAACCCUGCAGAUUUUUAUGUUGAUCUCACCAGUGUCAACUAUCGAACGAAAGAGGAAGAAACGGAAACACUGGAGAGGACACGCUCCCUAGCAGAGAUAUUUUGGGAAAAAGUGAAAGACUUUGAUGAUUUCCUUUGGAAAGUUAAUGAUGGAAACAGGGAACUUCCAUCCAGUGAGACAAGUUUAGUACUGCCCCCUGCUCCUAUGGAAAAGGCAAUCAACGUAGAUGCAAAAGACGCUGAGGAGCUGCCUAAGGGUCUUCAUCAGUUUGCAGUGUUACUGAACCGCCAUGUUUCGAAUGACUUCCGCGAUCUGACCACGUUACUUAUCCAUGGUUUUGAGGCCGUGUUAAUGGCCCUGUUGAUUGGAUUUUUAUAUUACGGACAAGGAGGGAACCCACUCUCUAUACAAGACACAAUUGCCUUACUUUUCAUGAAAGGGUCGCUCACUCCGUUUGCUGUUGUCCUUGAUGUAGUUGCCAAAUGCCAUUCCGAGAGAGCCAUGCUUUUCCAUGAAUUGGAAGAUGGGUUGUAUUCUGUUACCCCAUAUUUUUUUGCUAAGGUCAUCGGCGAGCUCCCGGAACACAUCGCCUUUGUUGUCUUCUACAGUGUCCCCAUAUAUUGGUUGGCAAAUCUAAACCCUGGGGUGGAUAACUUCUUCUUAAACUUCUUGCUGAUGUGGCUCGUGGUCUACUGUAGCCGUGCCAUGGCCUUGUGGAUGUCGGCACUUUUGCCCACAUUACAGAUCUCUUCGUUCAUGAGCAAUGCCAUCUUCACUGCUUCUUAUCUGACUGGCGGAUUCAUAAUCAGACUGGAUACACUUUGGGCAGUGCCAUUCGGGAUCUCCUUUGUCUCUUUUCUCCGGUGGGGUUUUGCAGGACUCAUGCAAGUUCAGUUUACAGAUAUAACAUAUCAUUAUGAGAUCCGAAAUAUCACCAUCAGUGUUCCCGGGAAACUGAUUAUCGAAAGCUUGCAAUCGGAUGCAUACCCUCUGUACGCCUCGUUUCUUCUGCUCAUCGGCAUCAGUGCUGGCUUUCUUGUAUUAUAUUACUUAGCCCUCAGGUUUGUUAAGCAAAAAUCAAGUCAAGAUUGGUAA